GAGGCGCGGGGCGCGGCGGGCGCAGGGCUCAUGUAAUCAAAGAAGUUUGUUUGUUGUGUGUAUCUUUUCAGAACACAACAGGAAUUGAAAAUGAAUCAGAACACUGAGCCUGUUGCAGCUGCUGAGAGCCUGGCUGAGGUACCCGAACAUGUGCUUCGAGGACUUCCAGAGGAAGUGAGGCUUUUCCCAUCUGCUGUUGACAAGACUCGGAUUGGUGUCUGGGCCACUAAACCAAUUUUAAAAGGCAAAAAGUUUGGGCCAUUUGUUGGUGAUAAGAAAAAAAGAUCUCAGGUUAAGAAUAAUGUGUACAUGUGGGAGGUGUAUUACCCAAAUUUGGGAUGGAUGUGCAUUGAUGCCACCGACCCAGAGAAGGGGAACUGGCUGCGAUAUGUGAAUUGGGCUUGCUCAGGAGAAGAGCAGAAUUUAUUUCCGCUGGAAAUCAACAGGGCCAUUUACUAUAAAACUUUAAAGCCAAUCGCGCCGGGUGAGGAGCUCCUGGUCUGGUACAAUGGGGAAGACAACCCCGAGAUAGCAGCUGCGAUUGAGGAAGAGCGAGCCAGCGCCCGGAGCAAGCGGAGCUCCCCGAAAAGCAGGAAAGGGAAGAAAAAAUCCCAGGAAAGUAAAAACAAAGCAAACAAAACCGAAGACCUACAGCUGAAGACAAGCGAGCCAGAUUCUGCUUCUGCAAAGAUGAGAGAUUCUGCGGAAGGCCCCAAAGAAGAGGACGAGAAGGCGUCAGCCUCUGCAGUGGAGCAGACAGCCGUUCUCCAGGAGGCGGUCAGUCAGGACGCGCUUCCGGAUCGCGUGGUCCCCCCCGCCGCCUGUGAGCCCCGCCCGGAACCAGACGGGAGGCCGGCAGCCAUGACCUGUGAGGUGAAUGAGGUGGAGGAAGAGGAGGAAGAGGAAGAGGAGGAAGAGGACGAGCUGGAGGAAGAGGGCGAGGAAGAAGCUGAUAUGCCAAAUGAAAGUUCUGUGAAAGAGCCAGAGAUACGAUGUGAUGAGAAGCCAGAAGAUUUACUAGAAGAACCAAAACACGUGUCAAGAGAAACGCUUGCAGGCUCUCCGGAGGUUCCACCUGUUUCCAGAACUCCCAGAACGAAAGAAGAGGCCAAUGGUGACAUCUUUGAGACGUUUCUGUUUCCGUGUCAGCACUGUGAGAGGAAGUUCACGACCAAACAGGGGCUCGAGCGCCACACGCACAUCCACAUGUCCACAGUCAAUCACGCUUUCAAGUGCAAGUACUGCGGGAAGGCGUUCGGCACGCAGAUCAACAGGAGGCGGCACGAGCGGCGCCACGAGGCGGGGCUGAAGCGCAAGCCCGGGCCCGCGCUCCCGCCGCCCGACGAGCCGGCAGACGGCAGGGCCCCCGGAGACCGCGCCGCCGCCGCCGCCGCCGCCGCCGCCGCCCAUGGCUCGCCGCCCUCCGGCCUCGGGCAGGACUCUCUGCUCUCGCACUCCGAGAAGGCGCCCCUGGAAGCGGUCAGUUCUUCUGUUGUAGAGGAGAACGGGGAUGUUAAAGAGCUGCAUCCGUGCAAAUACUGUAAGAAGGUGUUUGGAACGCAUACGAAUAUGAGACGGCAUCAGCGUAGAGUGCACGAGCGCCAUCUGCUCCCCAAGGGCGUGCGGCGGAAAGGGGGCCUCCUGGAGGAGCCGCGCCCCCCCGCGGAGCAGGCCCCGCCCGCCCAGAGUGUCUACGUGCCCAGCACGGAGCCAGAGGAGGACGGGGAGGCAGAGGACGUGUACAUCAUGGAUAUCUCCAGCAAUAUCUCGGAAAACCUAAAGUUCUAUAUUGAUGGCAAAAUUCAGACCAGCAGCAGCACGAGUAACUGUGACGUCAUCGAGAUGGAGUCCAGCUCGGCCGACUUGUAUGGGAUCAAUUGUCUGCUUACUCCAGUUACGGUGGAGAUCACCCAAAAUGUAAAGACCACGCAGGCCGCGGUAGCAGAUGAUCUUCCUAAAGAGCCUUCCAGCGGCACGAACAGCGAGUCCAAGAAACGGAGAACCGCGAGUCCUCCCGCGCUACCCAAAAUCAAAGCGGAGACGGAGCCUGAGCCCUCGGUGCCCUCGUGUUCCUUACUGCCUCUUAGCAUAUCCACGUCAGAGGCAGUGUCUUUCCACAAAGAGAAAAGUGUGUACUUGUCAUCGAAGCUCAAACAACUUCUUCAGACCCAGGACAAGCUAACUCCUCCUGCAGGCAUUUCAGCGACCGAAAUUCCGAAGUUAGGGCCCGUUUGUGUGUCUGCUCCCGCAUCCAUGCUCCCCGUGACCUCGAGUCGUUUUAAGCGGCGGACCAGUUCUCCUCCCAGCUCCCCACAACACAGUCCUGCCCUUCGAGACUUUGGAAAGCAAAGCGAAGGCAAAGCAGCGUGGACUGAUGGAGUUCUAGGUUCCAAAAAGCCCAAAUUAGAAAGUCACAGCAACUCACCCGCGUGGAGUUUAUCGGGGAGAGAGGAGAGAGAAGCUGUGAGCCCGCCAUGCUUUGACGAAUAUAAAGUAUCUAAGGAGUGGGCAGCCAGUUCUACUUUUAGCAACGUGUGCAACCAGCAGCCACUGGAUUUGUCCAGUGGUGUCAAACAGAAGGCUGAGGGCACAGGCCGGACUCCGGUCCAGUGGGAAUCUGUAUUAGAUCUCAGUGUGCAUAAGAAGCCUUGUAGUGACUCUGAAGGCAAGGAGUUCAAAGAAAACCAUCUGGUGCAGCCAGCCUGCAGUGCUGUAAAGAAAAAGAAACCAACUACCUGCAUGCUGCAGAAGGUUCUUCUCAAUGAGUACAAUGGCCUUGACUUACCCGUAGAGAGCACUGCAGAUGUGACCCGGAGCCCGAGUCCUUGUCAGUCCCUGGACCCCCAGCCGGACGCUGGCCUUGGCCCGGACGCCAGUUCAUCGGCCCCUGUGGCUGAGUCCCCACCCGAUGUCUCUCCUUCCUCGCCUGCCCUACAGACCUCGUCCCUUUCUUCUGGGCAGUUGCCUCCUCUCUUGAUCCCAACACACCCCUCUUCCCCCCCAGCCUGUCCUCCCGUGUUGACUGUUGCCACACCUCCGCCUCCACUCCUUCCUACUGUCCCUCUUCCGGUCCCCUCUUCCGAGGCAUCUCCCCGUCUGUGUCCCUCCCCGCUCUCGAAUGCCACCGUGCAGUCCCCGCUUCCCAUUCUCUCCCCUACAGUGUCUCCGUCACCAUCUCCCAUCCCUUCCGUGGAGCCGCUCACGUCUGCGGCUUCGCCCGGACCACCGACCCUUUCCUCGUCGUCUUCCUCGUCGUCUUCCUCGUCUUCUUCCUUCUCCUCUUCGUCUUCCUCCUCUUCCCCCUCGCCGCCACCGCUCUCAGCGGUCUCCUCUGUUGUUUCCUCCGGGGAUAAUCUGGAAGCUUCCCUGCCCAUGAUAACUUUCAAGCAGGAGGAACUAGAGAAUGACGAUCUGAAGCCCAGGGAAGAACUCCAGUCUGCAGUGGAACAGGAGAUUGUUCAGGAAACAUUCAACAAAAACUUCGUCUGCAAUGUCUGUGAAUCACCUUUUCUUUCCAUUAAAGAUCUAACCAAACAUUUAUCUGUCCAUGCUGAAGAAUGGCCCUUCAAAUGUGAAUUUUGUGUGCAGCUCUUUAAGGCGAAAACUGAUCUGUCAGAACAUCGCUUUUUGCUUCAUGGAGUUGGGAAUAUCUUUGUGUGUUCAGUUUGUAAAAAAGAAUUUGCUUUUUUGUGCAAUUUGCAGCAGCACCAGCGAGAUCUCCACCCAGACAAGGUGUGCACCCACCAUGAGUUUGAAAGCGGCACCCUGAGGCCCCAGAACUUCACCGAUCCCAGCAAGGCCCAUAGAGAGCAUAUGCAGAGUUUGCCAGAAGAUCCUUCGGAAGCAUCGAAAGAGGAAGAAGAGCUAAAUGAUUCCUCCGAAGAGCUUUACACGACCAUAAAAAUCAUGGCUUCUGGCAUAAAGACGAAAGACCCCGAUGUCCGACUGGGCCUCAAUCAGCAUUACCCGAGCUUUAAACCGCCCCCAUUUCAGUACCAUCACCGAAACCCCAUGGGCAUCGGUGUGACGGCCACAAAUUUCACAACACACAACAUCCCACAGACGUUCACCACUGCCAUUCGCUGCACAAAGUGUGGGAAGGGUGUUGACAACAUGCCGGAGUUACACAAACACAUCCUGGCAUGUGCUUCUGCCAGUGACAAGAAGAGGUAUACCCCUAAGAAAAACCCAGUCCCCUUGAAACAGACUGUACAGCCCAAAAACGGUGUGGUGGUUCUAGAGAACUCCGGGAAGAACGCCUUCAGACGAAUGGGACAGCCCAAAAGACUGAACUUCAGCGUCGAGCUCAGCAAGAUGUCCUCGAACAAGCUCAAACUAAACGCACUGAAGAAAAAAAACCAGCUUGUCCAGAAAGCAAUCCUUCAGAAGAACAAAUCUGCGAAGCAGAAGGCCGACUUGAACGCCGCCUGUGAGCCGGCCUCACACAUCUGCCCGCACUGCCGCAGGGAGUUCACAUACGUCGGGAGCCUCAACAAGCACGCCGCCUUCAGCUGUCCCAAAAAACCGCGCUCUCCUGCCAGAAAAAAUGUUGCCCACUCAUCCAAGAAAGGCGGGCAUGCUUCCCCUGCAGGGAGCGACAAAAACAGCAGCGGCCACCGGCGGCGCACGGCUGACGCGGAGAUCAAGAUGCAAAGCAUGCAAGCUCCUCUGGGCAAGACCAGAGCGCGCAGCUCGGGCCCUGCUCCCGUGCCGCUGCCCUCCUCGUCCUUCAGGUCCAAGCAGAAUGUCAAAUUCGCGGCUUCGGUCAAGGCCAAAAAGCCAAGCUCCUCCUUAAGGAACUCGAGCCCGAUGAGAAUGGCGAGAAUAACUCACGUCGAGGGGAAAAAGCCCAAAGCGGUGGCCAAGAACCAUUCUGCCCAGCUCGCCGGCAAGACGCCCCGGGGCCUGCACGUGCGGGUGCAGAAGAGCAAGGCCGUCCUGCAGAGCAAAGCCGCUUUGGCCAGUAAGAAAAGAACAGACCGGUUCAAUGUAAAGUCUCGAGAACGGAGUGGGGGGCCGGUCACCCGGAGCCUCCAGCUGGCGGCCGCUGCCGACCCGGGGGACGGCAGGAGGGAGGACAGCGGUGGCAAGCAGGAGCUGAAGGACUUCAGAAUUUUGACAUAAGCAUUUAAAGGAAGUAGCUGUUGGUUCAGUUGGAGGCACGAAGAAGGGUCACGGCUUUGGCUGCCUCAGACCUGAAUUCCCAGCUUUUGUGUCAGACCUAGGACUCACCGAGUGGUACCGUUUCUUUCUUAGGGCCGGUUGUGAAUUGAAUUUGAAACCAUGAAAAAGCUCCCAAAAGUACCCUAUUAUGAAAAGAUGAAAUUCUCUCACACUUCCUUCAUAUCUUGGGUAAUAUCUCAGUGUCACUUUGUAUUAUUUCCGGAUCAUAGAUCAUUGCUCAUAGUUACGGUUGGAUCACCGAAGUUCGUUGAAACCACAUUGCAAUCUUGUUUAAUAUUUCUGUGACUGGAGCAUAGUUAUUAGUAAUUGAGCAUGCUUUUAUUAUUCAUGCUUUCUUGUAUUGUGUUGUAAUUUGAAAAAGUUGCCUCACUGGUUAAAACAAACACCCGACACCGGACUCCCUUUUGAGAUGCCUUAUCCACCCACCACCCCCCCCAACCCGCUCCCGUCUCCAGACAUAGGAUAAGAAACAGGCCAGAUUCUGAAGAAAGGCGAGGAGGGGGAGCGCUGAGAGCCUGCAGUGGGGGCAGAGCCUGGCGGGUCCCUUGGACAGGUGCGGCAGCCCAGGGCAGGUCGGCCCCAUGUGUCAGCAGCGCCUUUGUUCCCCCACUGAUGGCGGAAGAAUUCAUCUUAGGUUGGGGGUGAUUUCACGGUUUUAUUCUGUGUCCUCCCUGUAUUAAGAACUGUUCUCAGUGACACAUUAAAAACACAGGGCAGUAGUUAAAUAUGUCAUACUGACUUUUCAGACUUUCCAAGUUAACUCAAGUAACCCAAAUUGAUGUUGCGUUCUCGGAAUCCCUGUUGCCUGGAUAAUGCCUCCAGGUGAAUCCUGUGUGAAAUAGUCAACAUCAGAUAGAAUUUCUGCAAAGUAUUUUAAAAUCUUUUCCUUUCAAGAGUGAUGAGCUGCUCGGCUCUAGGCUUUCUUGGCUGUAACUUUCGGUGUCUGAAAACUCUUUGGUGUUUCAGGCGAACCGUUAGAAUGAAUUCUGGGGAGUGACUGCCAUCUCGGAGAGGUCGCGACUCAGGGGCUGUUAGCGCUGCACAGUUGAUGAGCGGAGGUCUUGGUGCUGGUGUGCCUUAAGUCGUGGCGAAAGAAAGAUGUAGAGGAGGGUCAUCGGCCAAGGCUGAUCGGAAUGAUUUACCGUGGGAAUGCAAGGGUCACAUUUUUAAAAAGCGACUUUGGUUGAGUGAACGAAAUGAUCUGUCACGGUAGUUCCAGUUCAGCAUCUGGUCUCUGGCCAUGGCAUAUGCAUAAUACAGCAUCUUGGAGCUUAGCCCUGGUGAAAAUGCACACCUAUUUAUCAGCUGUUCACACUGCCUGCCUGUGGCAGUUUAACUGUGCACCUGUUUGUACCCAGUUCUGGAAGUUCCACAACAACAGGAUGUUCUUGAACCGAGUUCUUUUCAGGGUUGAAGAACCAGAAAAUGCCAUCAUUUUCACCGACUGUACUGAAAAACAUCUCCCAGGUGGUUGAUGUUUUAGAAUGUACUGUGUGCAUCCCUUUUUGUCUGCAGUGUUACCUGAAAGAAUCCCUCAUUUUGUACUGGAUCCCAAUUACACGAUUCAAGGGUGAGGUUAUGAAAAAUUAAAGUACUAUAAAGAUAAACUCUCUUGAGUAACUAUACAUGUAUGAAGUUCAUUCACUUGGCCUCUUACUCAUCCAGUGCUUUUUGACGAACCCUGAAAACUGCAAAGGACCAAAGUGCCUAAUAAAAUUGUGUCUCUCUUCUUUGCUCCAGUUAAUCUUAAUGAUUUUGCUUUAUUUGAUAGUAAACAGGGGGUUCCAUUGCUGGAAUGGAUUGGGCCUAAAAGGAAACACUCAAGAGUCUGAUAAGAAAACAUUGCCAUUGUUUCUAACGGGUAGAUGGUGGCAGCAGGCCUCCCUUCCCCGGUGGCAGGCGUCUCUGGCACUGUGUACCGUGGGCACGGCCGAAUGAAGGACGUGUGUCCUACAUGGGGGGGGGGGGGGGCUGCUUAGAGGUGACCACAAAUUCGUGAAGUAUUUUAUUUUUGGGAAGUGAAAAAAAGAACACGUUCCAUAGGACAUCAUCGUUUAAUUAUCUGGACACAAGAGUGGGCAUUUCUUCCAAGAGUUUGGUGUGGUCUUCUUAGCACCUUGUUGUGCAUUUGCUGUAAAACUGGGAUUCCUAAGCUCCAGCCUCCGGAAGGUGGGGGGGCGGGGGGUGGUCAUCACUGUUCAGCCCAGGGCUCUUAGAAAGCCGGCCUCAUCCUCCCUCCGUGUUGGGUGUAUUAACACUAGAGAGGAAUGGUUUUAGCUGUAGUCUUCAUCCCUUCACAGUAUAUUUCUGCUUGUAAAUUUUAUUUGGGGCUGAUUUCAUGGCGCAUGUUUAGGAGAAGUUGCUUUGCCUUUUGUUUUUUCAGUGAUUUCGCUUUACUUAGCCCGUUGCAUAUUCACAGACUGAAACCGAACUGGCCGCACAUCGUUUUCCUGUGUGUCUCAGCCUGACAAACUGUGAUUCAGAGCGAGUCCCCAGUACUCAGACAUUUUAACAUUUGAAUGCCAGUUGAGGAUU